ACAAUUAUUAAUAAUUCCAGACAGUUUCGGUAGUGGCUAAUUAAAGAAUAGUCAUUACCGACUGACAUUUUCAGAAAGGUUUGUUUCCAUAAUGUCCCACGAGUCACAAGUGCACUUGUUGAAAGUGCACUAGUUCGUUUUAUAUUUGUGGGUAGACACUUUUAAAAAAAAAGCUAUUGAGACAUUCAGGCUUCCGUGGCUUUUAACUUUUUACGGUAUGGUACGAUUAAAGAUAAAUUAAAAGUUUAGUUUGAAUUACAAAAAUUGUUUACCUAAAAUUCUUAAAAAAUGGAUGGUGAAAAUAUGAAGAUAGAAAAAUCAUGUUCCCAGCUGAUAAUUAAGCAUGAAGAUAAAGAUAAUGAUGAAAUGUUUAAGGAAUUGGAUUCAAAUAAUCAUAACAUGAAUGAUUAUAUUGAUAUUAAGGCGGAAAUUAUAGAAAAAGAACGAAUAAAAAUUGAACAAGAAUUACAUUCAGAGCUAAUAAUUAAAGACGAAUAUUACGAUGAAGUAUUGGAAGUAACUAAUCCAGAUCAUGAUAAAAAAGAAAACUAUUCUUGUGAUGUUUGUGAAAAAACAUUUACCCUAAAGAGAACUUUAGUUAAUCAUAUACGAAUUCAUACUGGGGAAAAACCCUUUACGUGUACUGUGUGUGAUAAAAAAUUUACCAAAACGGCCCAUUUAAAUCAGCAUAUACGAAUUCAUACUCAGGAAAAACCUUUUUCUUGUUAUGUGUGUAAUAAAAAAUUUACCCAUAAGAACAGUUUUGAUAGGCAUAUACGAAUUCAUACUGGGGAAAAACCUCAUUCGUGUACUGUGUGUGAUAAAAAAUUUACCCUAAAGGACCAUUUAAAUCAGCAUAUACGAAUUCAUACUGGGGAAAAACCUUUUACGUGUAAUGUGUGUGAUAAAAAAUUUACCCGAAGGACCGAUUUAAAUAGGCAUAUACGAAUUCAUACUGGGGAAAAACCUUUUACGUGUAAUGUGUGUGAUAAAACAUUUAACCAAACGGCUAGUUUAAAUCAGCAUAUACGAAUUCAUACUGGGGAAAAACGUCAUUCGUUUACUGUGUGUGAUAAAACAUUUACCCAUAAGAUCAGUUUUGAUAAGCAUAUACGAAUUCAUACUGGGGAAAAACCCUUUACGUGUACUGUGUGUGAUAAAAAAUUUACCCAAAGGAACGAUUUAAAUAGGCAUAUACGAAUUCAUACUGGGGAAAAACCUUUUACGUGUAAUGUGUGUGAUAAAAAAUUUAACCAUAGGAACAGUUUUGAUAGGCAUAUACAAAUUCAUACUGGGGAAAAACCUCAUUCGUGUACUGUGUGUGAUAAAAAAUUUACCCUAAAGGACCAAUUAAAUCAGCAUAUACGAAUUCAUACUGGAGAAAAACCUUUUACGUGUAAUGUAUGUGAUAAAAAAUUUACCCAAAGGACCGAUUUAAAUAGGCAUAUACGAAUUCAUACUGGGGAAAAACCUUUUACGUGUAAUGUGUGUGAUAAAACAUUUAACCAAACGGCUAGUUUAAAUCAGCAUAUACGAAUUCAUACUGGAGAAAAACCUCAUUCGUGUACUGUGUGUGAUAAAAAAUUUACCCGUAGGAACAAUUUAGAUAGGCAUAUACGAAUUCAUGAGGAAAUACCUUACUCGUGUGGCGUAAGGGCUUAUACAAAGGGAAAAUCAUUUAAAUGUGAUAUUUGCUUAAAAAUAUUAAGCAACAAAAUAAGUUUCAUGAAACAUAUACUAAUUCAUUUAGGACCUCCAUAUGCAUGCCAAAAUUGCGAUCGAGUUUUUACCCACAAAAACGAAUUAAACGAUCAUGAACAUAAAAAUCUUGUUAUUUUGAUUAGCAAAAUAAAAUGAUCAUAAAAUAAAACUCCUUUUUUGUUAAGAAUAAAGUACAAAACUAUUAAACACUCAGAACCACGUUAUUUUGAUAUAAAAUGGGUCCGUUUAUGCCUUUGGUAAUAUACAAACUGGAUUUGGCAGGAGUGAGAAGUACCUCUCCAAGAUGAUUGAGAAGGAUAAUAAAUGACGAAACAUGAUUAUUAAUGCCCAUGUCUUAAUAUACAAUAUAAAAGUAUAGGAGCUCGCAACGUUUUCAAGAGAGAAUUUUAUUAUUGCUGAUUUUAUAUGUUGUUCUUCUUGCUCUUUAGGAUAGAGCUUGGGCCAUCUGGCUCGCGGUAGUGGUUGCGUUUAGUACUGCGCAGCCUAAAUGUACAGGUGACAAUCCUAAAAUGUACAGGUAAUAAUCCUUUUAAAAAUGUUUUAGUAUGCCUGUAAUUUUAAUAUUAUGUUAUUUAAGUAUACAAAAACCUAAAAUUAAUUUGCCAGACGUUAAUUUGAUCGUUAAAGCGCAAGUAUUUAAUAUAAUAUUUUAGUGGUUAUUAGUUCCGAGCUCGAAUCCAGCAGCAGUCAGCAAUUUUUUUUAUUUUUUAUUAUCUUAUGUAAUUGUAUUGAAUUUUUUUUUAAAUUUUAGGUUUUUGUAUACUUAAAUAAUAACAUAAUAUUAAAAUUACAGACAUACUAAAACACUUUUAAAAGGAUUAUUACCUGUAAAUUUGGACUGCACAGUACUAAACGCAACCACUACCGCCAGCCAGAUGGCCCAAGCUCUAACUAAAAGAGCAAGAAGAACAACAUAUCAUAA